UAACGAUUAUUUCAAUGUCUACGAGCUAUUCAAAUCAAAGGUAGUGCCAAUUAUAGAGCAGCGACUAAAUGCGGUGUUAUAACAUACGGAAAAUACACAACUACUGAUCUAUGACAGGUCGCAAGUCGGUUGCCGAUAAGGCCAAACGAUUUGUCUCAUUCUGAAUAGGAAUCUCACAAGUGACGGACACAGCACUAAAAUGUGGAAAUUCGACAAUAUAGUAAAGUUUAUGGUGAAUGAAAAAAUUAAUAUACCAACUAAAGGGGGUUAUAAAACAAGUGAAAAACUUUUAAAAGUGCGGCUAUGCGUUUUUAUUUCGGCGUUUGUGCAUUUAGUUUUUAUAGCAACGAAACUGUUGACGAUUGACUUCACUAAGGCUGAAGAUCCUGCGCUGUGGCCGUAUGCGAACGUGAGGUGGAAACUCAUAACAUGUUGGUUUAAUCUAGCAUCAUUGGCAUAUCUCCCAGUAUGUAUAUAUUGCGAUUGGAGGGAGAUCAGAGGAGAAGCACAAUGGGAUCACGUGAAGAAUCUCAAUCAAAUCAGAUUUUUGGUAUUCACCGGCUUCAUAUUCCCCACUACCGCUUUCGCAGACAUACUUUUUUGGCGGCUGUGGAACAAGGACCAUCUGCUUCUAGCACCAUCAGGGGUUGAUAAACUUGUACCUUUCUGGACCCAGCACUGCAUGCACACAGUUUCCCUGGUGUUUACCCUGCUAGACCUGGUGCUAGUACCGCGGAAGAGACCAGCUAGCAUGGUGCCUGGUUUAUCUAUCAUGAUGACUGUUAUCACUGUCUAUUGUGGUGUGUGCGCUGAAAGUAUUAUUGUCCAAGGCGAAUACCUGUAUCCAGUUAUAAAAACAAUGAGCAAUUUCAAACUCGGCCUCCUGGUGCUGUACAUCAUUGUCGAACAUUUGUUUUAUUUCACUGGACAGUUCGUGCUGUAUGAUUUUUUGUGGGGACAGAGUAAAUCUAAAAGUGAGCGCUUACAAUUCAGUUCCAGCUAGUAAAAUUGUCGUGUCGUCCGCGGCGGGCAUUAGUAAAAAAUAUUGCACAUAGGGUGAUUUUGUAAACAGUAUCCAAAAAUUUUUAAUAAGCUCUAUUGAACAAUUUAACAAUUUAACAACGUUUAUUCCCGAUGUCCCCCACUAUUUGUCCACCACUGGUGGACAUCGAGAAAAAAAGUUGCAAUGUCCACCAGUGGGGGACAGUGCUACUGAAAUCUUCCCGUUGGGCCCUACUGGUGGACAUUGAGAAGAAAUGUGUUGCUCUGUCCCUCAGUGGUGGACAUCGAAACCAAAAAAGUUCCGUUGUCCCCCACUAUUAUAUUUAUUGUGUUCAUGAAUACAAACAUUUUAAGUAAAUCUUAUACUAAUAAUUAAUACAUACAUUUUAAAUUCAUUUUUAUUAUAGUUUAAAACAAUCCUUAAUUUAAACUGACGCCCCUAGGAAGUGUGCGUUAAUCGGAACGGUUUUGUCUAAGUACUUUAUCUUAAUUAUUAUUUUUAAUCGUGGUAUUUUUCGCAAAAAAAUAUACUGAAAACAUAAUUCGCGGGCUUAUUUUUACGCACCAUAAUGUCUAAAGCUUUGCAGUUGCUUGUGUACGUAUUUGUCUAUGAACGAAGUAAAUUAUCCACGUGUCCUAAUUUUGAAACCGCGUGCAACAUAUAAAAAUAAUUAAAUAUGAUAAACAAAAUAUUUUCUUUACGUAAAUCGAAUAAAUUACUGAUUCUGACUGAGUCGCUCCUAAAAAUUUGGACAUUGCAAAUUUACCCUGUAUAAGAGAGACCUCUGAUUGUCUUCAGUAAUCUCUUUGCCAGGUCUCUUUGAAUUUUGAUAUGAAAAAAAAAAAAAAAAAGGUCUGUACUAUCAAAUGAGAGUUACCGUAUUAGAGCUUACUAUGUUGACGUCAUUUUUCAGGACGGGACCUUGCUUUAAUAAAGCGCCAUCUGAUGAAUGCAAAUACGAUAUUCUUGCCUUUAAAGAUUAGCUGUACUAAAUGCAUUCUGCGGUAAGGGAUUGAGGUGGGAUUGUGUAAA